CAUCUUCUGUUUGGCGCUAAAAGUCAACUGGGCGGACGAUAUACGACGGCGAACCGGCCACGAUGAGCAUGUCAGCGGCGGCCAGGGAUCGCGCCCAUCGAUCUCCCUCUCGGCCUCUCCCGCGGGUACCGGCUUGUCUUUCUCUUCUUCCACCUCCCGGCUUUCACUCGCUUUCUUCCUCCGCUAGAUUCCAGGGGCUUGCUUGGACCUGAGAGGGAUUCAUCCGAGUGUUCUGGGUGCUGCUGCUACUUGAUUUCUUCCGGGAAAUUUGAGCUGCUACGCAUUGGCCUCAUCUCGCUCGGGGGUUUCACCCAUUUCAUGUUGAGGGUUGAACUUCUGCCACCCAUAAGAAGGUUCUCGCUCCAUGAUGUGAUCGAGGUUUGCACUUUUCUCAAUUUUCUGCACUGGAGCCGCUGGAUGUGAGUGAUGGGGUGCGUACCAACAAAGCAUGCUGGUCGGUCACCACAUUCACUGGAUACACGGGAAGCUGUGGCCCUUGCUGCCGAAACAUCUUUUACAGUAAGUGAAGUUGAGGCACUACAUGACCUCUUCAGGAAAAUAAGUAAUUCAAUCAUCAAAGAUAAUCUAAUUAACAAGGAAGAAUUCCACGUUGCUCUCUUUAGGAACACGAAGAAGCAAAAUCUCUUUGGUGACAGGGUAUUUGACUUGUUUGAUCAAAAACGAAAUGGUGUUAUUGAGUUUGGUGAAUUUGUUCGAUCUCUUAGUGUGUUUCAUCCAGAUGCACCUGAAGAACAAAAAGUUGCAUUUGCAUUUAAGUUGUAUGACUUAAGACAGACAGGCUUUAUUGAACGGAUUGAGUUAAAGGAGAUGGUGUUGGCUCUGCUGGACGAAUCAGAUUUGGAUAUUACAACUGAUGCUGUCGAGAUGAUUGUUGAUAGGACAUUUGACCAGGCUGACACAAAAGGUGAUGGGAGGAUCGAUCAAGAAGAAUGGACAGCAUUUGCUAAAGAUAAUCCAUAUGUACUAAGGAAUAUGACCCUUCCAUACCUUAAGGACAUCACCAUGGUAUUCCCAAGCUUUGUGAUUCACUCCGAAAUCAGUGAAGCAGACAUGGCUGCCUAACCUGGAAAGUGAGAAGUAACUGCAAGUAUGCAACACAUCUCUGUACAUCCUGAUCUAAAUACUGAUGGAAGGGCACGCUGCAAAGGUUUGAAACACAUCAUUCAAGCACCCGUUGUGGCUAGAAUUGUGGACUGGCUGUAAAUGGUGGAAGUAGGAAACGAGUUUUGUUGUCCUACCUACAAGCAAGAGCAAUGUAGCAUCCAACUCCAGCAUCACUGAUCAAAUGUCUAGACAUGUACAAGUGCACAAUGACACAGCAACUUGUCCAUUGUUGGCUGAUCUUUUUAUUAUUUCUGCUUUUGUAACGUUGGAGAAUGUUUAGACAAGGAUGUUGUAGACUCAUAAGUGCAGCUGUUCGAUUCAACGUCAUUUAAACAAAAAGGAUAUAUUGUAAAAAUCAAUGUUUAACACUUCUCCCCUUACGAAAAAGGGUUACAUAUUCUCUGAGAAUAAGUUAAUGGAAUCACCAUUAAACCUGA